UACUUGAAGGCAACACUGUCCGCCAUUGUGGCAGAACGAGCUGAACUUUUUGCUUGUUGUUGUUGUUGUUGUUGUUGUGGUGGUGGGUACUAUUGGGCGUGUUGGAAGCAUGGGGAUAGAAGCCUGGUACAUGGACACCUCUGAUGAAGACCAGAGAAAACCGCACAAGCUUAACCCGAAUCAGCCCGUUUCGUUGGAGACAUUGAAAAACAUCGGUGUUUGUCACUGGAAGCUGAAUGCAGACAUCUAUGAUGACGACCCAGAGCUGCAGCUUAUCAGGAAGGAGCAAGGCUACUCUUACAUGGACAUCGUCACGGUUGAGAAGAGCGCACUGCCAAAUUAUGAGGAGAUGUUAAAGGUGUUCUAUCAGGAACACAUCCAUUUGGAUGAUGAGAUCCGCUACAUCCUUGAUGGCCAGGCGUAUUUCGACGUCAGGGACAAAGACGAUCGCUGGAUAAGAAUCGCCAUGCGCAAGGGUGACCUGAUUACCCUGCCAGCCGGCAUAUACCACCGCUUCACACUGGACGAGACAAACUACACUAAGGCCAUGAGGCUGUUUGUGGGGAAGCCGAUAUGGAAAUGCUACAACCGGCCAGCGGAUGACCUCGAGAUUCGAAAGAAGUAUGUGUCUUCUCUGCAGGAACCGCUAGAAGAGGAAGAUACCAUAUGACCACUGGUUGUACUAGAUUCACAUUGAAAAUACAAAACAGUAACGUUUGCUGUCAAGUUGGUAAAAGGAAGGUAUUAAAGAUUAAGUCGCUAUAUUAAAAACCCUUUCCAAAAAAUUAGAAUAUCACGGGAAAGUUUAUUUCCGUAAUUCCAUUAAAAAAAAUUAAACUUACAUAAUUAUAGAUUCAGGGCCCACAAUUUAAACCAGGGGUCACCAACGUGGUGCCCGCGGGCACCAGGUAGCCCCCCACGACCACAUGAGGUGCCCGCAGGCCUGCUUUUCAUUCAGGUUUUCAGUUAAUAAUGAAAGAACAGUAGAAAGAAAUGCAUUCUGAAAUACAAAGUGUGAGUUGUGGACACCAGCAUUUUGUUACUGUUCUGGUAAAACAAGCAUAUUCGCUUUGUUUGGGUUUAAAACAAGCUCUGAAAAUAAAUGUUACAAAAAUGAGUAGCUCUUGGCCAUUUUCAUUUUGUAAAAGUAGCUCUCACAAGGAAAAACGUUGGUGACAACUGAUUAAAACAAUGUCAAGUAUUUGUUUAUUUGUAUAUAAUUUGGGCUUCCAGCUCAUAAAACCUACAAAAACAGGAAUAAAAAAGAAAAUUAAUUAAAAGGUCACCGCAACAGUCCACCAGAAUGUUUUGGAGGACUUCAUACCUUCUGCGGAGGAUCUGUAUGCACCAAAACCUGGUUUGAUGCCCAUGCCAUCCCAGUGCUUGACUGGCCAGCCAACUCGCCGGACCUAAACCCCAUUGAGAAUUCAUGGGGUAUUAUCAAGAGGAAAAUGAGGGGCACCAGACCCCAAAACAAAAAAGAGCAGACAGCAAGCAUCAAGGAAAUCUGGGCUUCCAUAACUCUCAGCCAAUGCCGCAGGCUGAUUGCUUCAAUGCCACGGCGCAUCGAGGCAGUGAUUAAGGCAAAGGGAUUCCCAACCAAGUAUUGAAGAUUGACAUAUCGUUUUGAAAGUGCUAUACUUUGAUUGUUUCGAUGUGAUCCUUCUUUCUUUUGGUAAAUGGUGAUUUCUUCACAGUAUUCUAAUUUUUUAAAUUCCUGCUUUUGUGGGUUUUAUGAGCUGGAAGCCCACAUUAUGUAAAAAUAAACAAAUCAAUACUUGACAGCGUGUAAAUUGUGGGCCCUGAAUCUAUAAUCUAUGAAAGUUGAACUUUUUGAAGGGAAUUGUGUAAAUAAACUUUCCCAUGAUAUUCACAUGUUCUGGAAAGUGUCUGUAUCGUAACUACAAACUUUGCACCAAUACAUGGCAAACAGUGCCCUAUUGUAGUCCAAGCCUUUCAUCAGCUUGUUAAUAAAGAAAUGAAUGCAAUUAGCAGCCAGCGUUUCUACUGCUACUUUUAUUUUAGACGUGUGCACAUGGCAAUGUAUUGAGGCCGACAAAUUUAUGGAGUUCAUUUUCAUUUAUUGUGUGAUUAAUUUAUUUACCAUCGUCCCUGGCCUGGUGCGCACAAGACAUUUUUUUUCUGAACGAGAAAUCUUGCGAGGUCUUGACACCCCUCCCAUAUUAAGUAUAUUUUUCAUACUGUACUUUCUACUGAUAACUUUAAUGUACUUUAUUGAUGUUUCACUGUCAUAGUAUGCUGAGCUGCAACAAUUAAUUAUCCAAUUAAUUGCCAACUAUUUUGGUAUUUGAUUGUAUGUAAAUAUCCUCUGAUUUCAGCCUCUCAAAUGUGACUAUUUUUAAAAAUGUCUUAGUCAUCCAUGAAAGCAGACCUAUUAUCUUUGUGUCAAACAAGAUAUUCACACACAUCAGCUUUGACUUUGGAAAACAGCGAUGGACAUUUUUGCCUCUUCUUUCUGAUAAGUUGCACAGCAAACCACUAAUUGUGUUUGGUUCAUAUUGGUUUGGUCCAUUUAGGGCCUAGCUAACUGUUUACUCGAUUAAUCGAGCUUCAGAUUAAUCGCUUUUCCUAUCAAAACACGUUUUGUUUAAAAUAUUUCUUUUAUUAAGGUUAAGACAGAAUCUCUUAAUAUACAAUAAUCUAUUAUGAUCAACACAAUAUGUAAACAGUGAAAGUUAAGAUCUCAGACACAGCAAGUCAUUUUAACUAGACUGUAAUAUAUUCAUGGGAUCUUAAAAAAUACAAAAACAAACAAACAAAAAAAAGCUUUUUGGACAGCUUGUUGCUUGAAGGUAAAAAUGCAGUGGUUCAUGAAUAUUGCCCGACUUAAACCCCAGCAAAAGAAAGCUGAAUUUGAAUGGCGUUACAGUUAAUCCAGUACUACAAGUGUCCGCUCAUGUGGAGAGGCUUUGUAUGGUCCUGUGCAUGUGUAUUAGUCUUGAAGAAUGCGUCUUAGCAUAAUGCCCACGUCAAGUCCCACAUUGUGUACUUCUUUAAAACCACCACUAGUGGUGUGCUGCAACGUAUCUAUGAUAUUUGACAGAAUAAUAUGACUGUAAAUGAAUAUUUACCAACCACAGGCUGCUCUUAGCGUCAAGGGCAGGCUGGGAAAUACUGUAGCCGUCCUUUUCUAUGCCUUGUAACACAUCUAAAGUAUCAUAAUUGUAAUAAAUUAACCAGAACCUG